AUUUGGCAUUUGGGUGUGGGGAGGGUUCGGCGGGUGAGGUGUCGCCCUUUUUCGCCUUCGGACCGUCGCGGUGCCGCGCAGCCGCUCCUGGCGCCGCGCCUCCGAAGCCUGCGCCGCGCUAUUGCGGCGCCUGGCGCCGCGGGCGGACCCUGGGGGCGCGGCCGCGGAGGCACCACUUCAUCGGCCCCUUCCAGUGCCACCUCCGGAGGGUGGCGGCGGAGGAGCAGCCCCGCAGGAUUCUUCGACGACGCCAUCGACGUCUUCGCGUCCAGGGAGGGCGACGUGUAUUUCGCCGCCGUGCCCGUCGCAGACGCGUCCCUGGAGUGGCUCCGCGGGCUGUCGUCCAAGAUCCUCGCGGCGGUGAGUUCGCUCGACCUGGCCGAGGGCGAGCUGCCUGCCGCCGGCGGCAUGCGGCUGCACUGCUCGCUGGCGUGGACCCUGGCAGACCUGCGGCCCGCGCUCGCGGCCGCGGGUGCCCGCCGCCGCGAGAGCGCCUGGGGCGUCUCCUGGCACCUCCCCGACGGCCCGCGGCCCGCGCCGCCAGGCGCCGCCCUGGGCUUCUCCCCGGGUGCCCUGCGGCUCCGUGUGGGGCAGCGCGACGAAGCCAUGCCGUUCGGCGGGGGCGCCGGGGGCAGCGAUGGCGAGGACGAUGACAGCGAGGAGGAGGAGGCGGUGGUGCUGCAGAGCGGGUAG